AUGCAAGCUCAUGAAAAUGUUAACGAGACGGAUACUCAGUCACAUGCUGUCAAGGUCUUGGCAGGCGUUUACAUUAUUAUUGCAUUUUUCGCCUCGUUUAUUGCGAUUCUCGUUGCCCGUGGCCUCCUCAAUGAUACUCCACGGGCGUUGGAUCUCUUCACCAACAUGUACCUAGCUGGGACCAUUAUCUUUGGGGGAGGCCCUGUCGUCAUUCCGCUUCUCCGUGAGUACGUUUUGCAACCAGGCUGGGUUACACCUCGUGAUUUCCUUAUCGGACUUGCCACCAUCCAGACUUUCCCAGGACCGAAUUUCAACUUUGCCGUAUAUCUUGGUGCUCUUUCCCUGCUCGGGACAGGACAUCAUACUUUCCUCGGGGCCUUCAUAGUAUAUAUCGCCAUUUUUAUCCCCGGAAUCACUCGCGCGGUUGGGUUUCAGAGCACCUGGGCUAUAGUAAGGACAAAGCGACUCGUCACCAGCUUGUUGAGAGGCAUCAAUGCAACGGCAGUCGGAUUAGUCUUCACAGCUGUCUACUGA